AAAGAAACACAUACCAGUGAGAAAGAUAGUGAGAGACUGAGAAAAAAGAGAUGGCUAAUACUGUAGAACAAGACUCCAUGUAUUCAUCCUUUGUAGACGCAAGAAUCUCAUUCUCCAAUGAUUUUGCAGACAGUGAUCGUAGUUGCAGCCAGCUUCAUCAGACAGUUUCAUCAAGACAGGAUCAGAUGAAGUACAAGGAAGCUCCUGUUUCGUCUGAUUUCAAAUUCAAUGUCGAAAAUUACGGUUUUAUUUCUGCUGCUGAUGAGAUCUUCUUUGGUGGAGUUUUGUUGCCACUGGAGAAGACUCAUCAGCGGAAAGUGACCACUAUUAGAGAAGAGCUAAGUGUUCAAGAUUCUGACCGUGCCAACUCAAAAGGAUCUCGUAAUUGGUGGAAACUAGGUCUCAGUAAGCCCAAGAAGAUUCAAUCCAAGAACAACAGUUUCCAUCUUCCCCACAAAUCUCAGAAUUGUCUGGCAAGUAUAUUGGAAUCUGAUGACUGAACGAUGGACUUGAUUAAAAACCAGCUAAUUACGGCGAACUAGACAUCUAAUUCUAAUAACAAAAUAAAUUAGGAAUAAAUUAUUUACUAGUAUUUUUUAUUGUUCUUGUUUUUCUUUGAGUUCUGGGCUUAUCUCUUAUUAUAAUGUAACUUUUUUAUGAUGACCUUUGAUCGUAUGUUCAUUGUACGCAAACAAUUAGCAUGCAAUUGGUUUAAUAUUUUGGUUAAUA